CUUUCUUCGGCUCCAUUUUUUUCUCCAUUCUUUCUUCUUCUUUCAUUACCAUUACUAUUACUAUUACCAUUACCAUUCCUAUUCAGUCUCAUUCUUUUAUUUUUUGUUUUAAACCAACCAUGGGUGUUCAAAAGAGCAGCAAAGAAAUCGCCAACCACAACUACAGCAAGAGGGCCUACAAGGUCGGAGGAUACUCGUCAUUUGAGGAGUUCUAUCCGUACUAUCUCUCAGAGCAUUGCAAUCCCAUUAACCGACGUCUGCAUCUUUUUGCAACGACGAAUGUAGUCGCCAUUCUUGGCUAUUUGGUUAUGACGAGGCAACUCCGGUUUUGGUGGGUCACACUUCUUCAAGGAUAUGGACUCGCAUGGGUCGGACAUUUCAUCUUUGAGAAGAAUAAGCCUGCGACAUUUAAGCAUCCCAUCUAUUCUUUCAUGGGCGAUUGGAAGAUGUGGUACGAGGUUAUCACUGGAAAGCGCAGGUUCUGAAGGUGUAAUUGUAUCAACAAUAAAAAAAAAUAAAAAUAAAAAAAAUUGAUGAAUGAUUCUAGAAUUCAAAUUCUUCGUUCGCAUCCUUUACUGUCGAG